AUGGCUCAAAAGCUCCCAAAUGUCCUGUCGAUGGACGCCAGUAAACUCACCAUGCACGUAAGAAAGAGCUUUGAAAGGAAUUUGAUACACAGCUGGACCAUAGAAGAGGUCAGAGAUGUGGCAUUCCAAGUCUUGGCUAACAAGGAGGAGUAUAAAAAGAAUGGCAAGGACCUGCUCAAGACGUACUACACACUCACUCGAGGUUCGAAUCCUGGCCUAUACAAGCAGUCGCUUGGCUUUCCUUUUAUAAAUGGACACCUUAGGAGUCAUUACAAGGUCUUUUCUGAGCAAGAUGGUGGAGAGAAGAUGAGAACAAAAGAUAAACCCGGGACUGCUCCAGAUGCUAUUCCCGGACAAUCUGGUAAAUCUCCAGUCCACUCAGUGAGCCCUCAUGAUAUUUUACUUAUAAACUGCUCCAAAUUCAUGUCUAAGCGGGCUGUAAAGGUUAUUCACGGACAUUUUUGUGAUAAUGUAAAAGAGACCAUACUGGACUAUCUCACAAAGAGCGGUGAGUUUAUAAAUUUUUACGUAUAUGAACAAAGGGUAACCGUUAAACAGCCAAAAUUAGGCGAGAAAUGA